GGGGUCGUGUCCUGGAAGUGGGCUUUGGUAUGGCCAUUGCGGCCUCCAGGGUACAGGAGGCCCCCAUAGAAGAACACUGGAUUAUUGAAUGCAAUGAUGGCGUCUUCCAGCGCCUACAAGACUGGGCCCUGAGACAGCCACACAAGGUUGUUCCCUUGAAAGGCCUAUGGGAGGAGGUGGCACCUACACUGCCUGAUGGCCAUUUUAAUGGGAUCCUAUAUGACACAUACCCACUAUCUGAGGAGACCUGGCACACUCACCAGUUCAACUUCAUUAAGAAGCAUGCUUUCCGUUUGCUGAAGCCUGGUGGCAUCCUCACCUACUGCAACCUCACAUCCUGGGGGGAGCUCCUGAAGUCCAAGUUCACAGACAUCACCACCAUGUUUGAGGAGACACAGGUGCCUGCGCUGCAAGAGGCGGGCUUCCGGAGAGAAAACAUCCGCACUGAGGUGAUGGCACUGGUGCCGCCCGCGGACUGCCGUUACUACGCCUUCCCUCAGAUGAUCACACCCCUGGUCACCAAGCACUGAGCAACUGGCCCAGGGUUGGAAUGAACGAGCCUAUGUCCUCUUCAGUGCCUUGAUGGCUGGAGUGUAGGCUCCAGCCUCUCAGCUAUCUCUGCAGUGUGACAUUCUGUCUGGCCCCACUCUCUUCCCACAGCUCAGGGGUAAAAUAAAUGCUAACAAGAAUA